AUUUGAAUCUGUUUACGAGGUAUUUUAUGAUAGUGAGAUUGUUUUUUUUUUAAAUAAGGUGUUUAAAACUGGUGGGACUUGAUUAAUCAUUUGUACUGUAAUACGUAUAUUGAUUAGGGCUGGAACGAAAUCUAGUUUGAACGAUGGCGCCCUCACUACACAGUAAGAACUUCUACAUCGCUACAAUCAUCCUUUUAUCGUGGACAUCAGUUGUGGUCAGCAUAGACUGUUUCAAGUGCGUGUCGAUGAACGGCCACGCGCCGCAGUGUGACGACCCUUUUCAUAACAACCACUCACUCAACAUGCUGGAGUCCCCCUGCAUGGGGGGGAGAAAGGGGAGAGACGGCCUCUUCCCCGCUACAUCGUGUAUCAAAAUCGCGGGGGUUUUUGACGAUACGGGCGAGACGAUAACCGUGCGCGGCUGUGGAUUAGACUCCGGCACAGCUACCACCGACACUGAGAUCAUACGCAUGUCGCAUUGCGGCAGGUUUUAUUAUAACGACAGAUACGUCCACGGCUGUCUUCAGAGUUGCAAUGACGCAGAUGCCUGCAAUUCGUCCCAUCGAACUACAACCUCGAAUCUAGCCCUCAUUUCAGUGUUUAACCUCAUUUCAGUGUUUACCCUCGUUUAUUCUUCCUCCCUCAUUUCGCCAUUUACCCUCAUCUACUUAAAGAGCUAACAGAGACAGUAUAACUUUGCCUAAUUAACUUCGAUUUGUAACUUUUUUUAUAAUUUUCCAUACCUAUGCCUAUAUCACGAAAGUACAUAUACUACCCAGUACCCGUACCCUUUCGUUAAAUCGUAAGAGAUGUGCGAAAAUUUUUUUUCCUCACGGAAUUAAUACCGAAUUUUUUUGCAGGAUAAAUUUUAUAGAGUAGUAGUGGAUACUUUUAAUGUACAGGGCUGUUUGGUAA